CGAGAAUCGCGUGGACCCAGAGGAGGGCCCGCGCGCAGCGUGCAGCGACUGGCUCCGAUCCAAGGGUAAUUUCCCGUCAACCACAUGUUCGGAAGGAGCUCUUUAUAAGGCCGAGACCAAGGCAGGCAGCGGCGCAGCAGCAGCUUCCCGUCGCCUCCACGCCCAGGGGGAAGUUCCAGCCCACCCCGCCGGGCACUCCGCGACCGGGAUUAGCGUGCGCAAGAAGACGCGCCCUCCUAGCCACUCGCACAAGCGGAGGUCGCCGGGCGUUGGAGCGGGCGAGUGUCGAAGAUAAACAUGAUCUCCCAUAUCACCUCAGUUUUGUUCCUUCUUGUGGUCUGCAACACCUAUGCCGCUAAGCUGAGUCCACACUGCAAACGUCUUGUCACUAAAGAUCACCUGAAAAAUCUGUCCGAUCUGAUUGAUACCCAGAUGAAGAGUUCCUGUCGGGUAUCCUUUAAUUAUGUGGAAGAGAGUGAUCUGAACCAUCCUGUCUGCUUUCUCAAAGCUGCAUAUCACCCACUGGGACACCUUCUCCGCAAUGAAAUGAAAUUCAAGGAAAAUACUGCAAACUCCAGGAUUCAAGACAUGUUGCUUGAAAGUCAUGUUAAUCUUGAUGAGGAAUGUUUUAAAACGAAAGCUGAUGAAAGCCAGAGUUCAGCACACUGCAUCAAGAAGUUCUCUUUGUCAGCAGAGGAGAUGCUAGAGCUGGUGCGCAGGUACUUUAGUCUGGCCGCAGAGCUUAUCGCUAAAGACCAAGAUUUUAGUCAAGACUGCAGCACUAUCUUCUGGAAGUGUUCAAAUUCACAGAAUGAAGCUGCCUCUUCAGGUGUGAUGACUGACCGAGACUGCGAGUGUCCAGCCACAAACCCCAUCACUCGGGGACUCGUGACUUCUUUCCUUCCGACUUUUGAGUCUCUUCCUUCCAUUGCAGACCAGCUGGACAGCAAGGAGACAGCUGCCAGCUCUCCGCAGUUAUUCAUGCUGCCUGGCACCAUGCAGACUCAAGGCCAGUCAGAGAGUAGUACCAGGCCCAGGGUGCCUAGGAGCACCUACAAAGGCCCAAGCCUAGACACUGGGGCUGCUGCUGCUUAUUCCGCCAUGACUUCUGCACCAGAAGAAUUGGUGUUGGCAGCUGUAUCGCAAGGACCUGACCCUGUAGCCAUGGAUUCUACAUCCUUCCAGGAUCUGACCUUAACCUCACUCCCUUGGUCCCCAAGGCCCAGUAAGUUCCCCCUCUUUCUGUCCAGCCAGCAGCAAACUGAAGCCAUAGGAACUGAACCUGCUUUCCCUGGUUCUGGAGCUGACAGCAGCCAAAUACGGCCCAAUGAGUUGUCCUCUCAGCAUUUAUCUCUUUCUGGCUUAGACAAAACCUCCCCCAGUAAUCCGUGGCUUCGGCAGACAAGGGAUGUGGCCAAGGCCGUUCCUGGACUUCCAUUUGAUUCAGAUAGGACUGAUAGUAGCAGCACAUCUAGCCUAAGCCUGAACUCCUCUGCCACUCUGGAGCCCUUGGACAGCUCAGGGGUGCCCUCCAGUGUCAGUGGGACAGUUCUCCCACCCAGUCACCCAGCACUGUCCCCCAUCCUUGGCUCUGAAGAACCUUUCUCUACCACUCAGCAGUCUUUUAGAGCAUCUCCGAGGCAGAUAUCCCCAGACAGCUACUCCUGGGGAGAGCAGAGCAGCAGAGGUCAAGCCCCAAGAAUACAGCAGAGCACCCAGCUCCGGGAGAAACGAGCAGGACGAGGAGAAGAGGGCCUGGCCAAGGACAGGGAGCCUGAGGAUAGCCUGUUGGGGCCCAACUUUGAUCUCAACUUCAUUCCUCCGAACACAGACAAGUCCAGCAAGAAGUCAGAACUCAGAGAUAGCCAAAGGAUUACUCUGAUUUAUGCAGUGGUGGCAAGCGUCCUGGGGAUCCUGCUGGCAGUGGGAGGCCUCCUGUUCUACUUGCAUAAAUCCAGGAUGCUUGCAAGGAGGCAACAGGAGAGGAUGGUAAAUGAGAUGGAAGAACAAGAAGGAAGCCCAUUGAGAGGAGGGGAGGAGCAUUUGGAGUUGCAGAUGCAGGGGGAACUAUGAGCUGGGCUUUUUCUUCUAUGAGAUGAGAAACCACACGGGGCUUGGACAUAAUCCCAUUCUUUUGGCAAGAAGUUGCAAGCUGAAUUCUGGGAAACAGUUACCAUCUAUUCCUGUGGAGAGUCUUUCUUCAUGGCAAUGGGAGGAGCUGGAGAGAAAAGGGACACUUUAUCUUUGACACUUGAGGCUGGCUUCCCUAUUGCCACAUGCUGCAGUGGAGCUCUUGUUCUGCCAGUUGGUAAACAAGCUGACCUAAGCAGGAAGAAACCCAGAAGAUGCCAACUGUCUGGAAGGUGGCUUGGAGAUUAAAACCCCUAAUCUGAUGGAGGGGUAAGAGUUUCUAGGAAA